AUGUUUCUUGCGGGUCCACCGACGGCACGGCUGCCCCCAAUCACAAAAAUCCAGCGAAGCUCCCUCCUAGAUCUCCGCGCGGCCCUUGGCUACCUUGACUCGCUCUAUAACCCUGAGGUCCGCCCAAACUUCCGCUCAUACCGCAGGCUAGCAACCGGUCAAUGUACAUCUCCCUCCCUGACAAGUUGUCGCCGCGGAAUUCCGGACGCCACGCAGGCCCCGCCGCCGCCCUCGCAUCUCGACACGACGUGCGCUGACAGUUACGAACGCGCGUACGCAAUUCGCUGGUUGACCGCGCUGGUAUCGCGCGCGGACCAACUCGACGCUGAUGAUGCGAAUGCCGAGGCGCUCGUCCAGGACGCGGCGGGCCUGCUCGCCCUCUGCGCAGGCACCGCAUCCGCCGGGACCCGCUCCCGCCUGUUUGUCUUUGACCAUGUCGGCGGCGUAGACGUCCGGGUCCAGCUGACGGACCUCCCGCUCAACAACCAAGACUACGCUUCGGUCGGCGCGCAGACAUGGGGCGGUGCCUGCCUCAUGGCGGACCUGCUCGUGCAGUCCCCGUCAGACUUCGGCAUCAACAUCGCCUCUGGAAGAUCGCUCAGGGUCCUCGAACUUGGUGCCGGCACAGGUCUCGUGGGGCUGACAGUCGGAAAGAUGCUCCAGGCACAGGGCGGCGUGUCCGCCGAGAUCGUCUGCACAGACUUCCACCCGGCGGUGCUCUCCAACCUGCGCAACAACGUCACCUCGAAUUUCGUCGAAGGCGACUCCGCAGUCUCGAUGUCCGUGCACGCCCUCGACUGGUCGACGUUCGCCGCCGCGUCCCCACCUCCUCUCCUCGCGCCGUUCGACCACCCGUUCGACGUCGUCCUCGGCGCCGACAUCGUCUACGAGCUCGAGCACGCGCGCUGGAUCCGGUCCUGCGUCGCCGCGAUGCUUCGCACACCGCCCGCAGAAAACACGGCGUCCCUCGCUUCAUCCGACUCACGCCUGCGCCCGCAGCUCCACCUCGUCAUCCCGCUCCGGGCGACACACGCCGCCGAGUCGCACAGCGUCGAGGAGGUCUUCCCUCUCGCGUUCGAUGUGCAUGGCGGAGCGGAGUCAUCGCCCGAUGGCGAACCCUUUCGGUGCGGGCUGGGCAUAAUCUCGAAGGAGACUCUGGCCUGCGAAGAUUUCGCUCGGGGCGGUGGUGGCGAGGUCGAAUAUGUCCACUACACGAUUUCAUGGAUUUAAUAUGGGGUCACAGGGGUUCAGGUUGCAGGUGGAGAUAGAAUAGAAUUUGACAGGGCACACAUGUUUAGCUAAAAUCACU